AUGAGCUUCUUCUUCUUGUUACUUUGCUGCUACCAGCAGCUCCGGCUUUGCCCUUUGAAGAAGCAGCAAAGAGUGUCACUGCUCUCCAUGAAGAUAAACACAACAUUAAAUUGUUACUAUAAUAUUACGUUUACUGUCUGCAACCUGAACACUGGAGGUACCAUGACUGAUUUCAACACGAUGAAUAUUGGCAGUGCUGAUGGUGUCUGGGUCUUUAAAUGCUUACUCAACAAAGACACUGAGUGUUGCCGUGUGGGGAAGAAGUCCAUCCUGAUCACUCUGGGGUAUAGCAGUGCUUUGCUGAAGUUUGAGUCUCAUGCUGAAUUCAAUGCAUUUUCAAAUACCUUGAAAAAAUGCCGGAAUCAGAAAAAGGAAAAUUCAGUGUUCAGUCAGUGGACAGAAGAAGUGUCUGCCUCACAAUACUCCCAGAUCAGGAAAUUUUAUGGCUGCACUUCCCAGCAGCAGAACAUGAUGCAAGAUUUCGUGAGAACAGCCACUUACCACAGAGCCAUCCUCCAGAACCACAUUGACUUUAGAGACAAGGUUGUUCUAGAUGUCGGUUGUGGAUCAGCAAUACUGUCAUUUUUUGCUGUACAGGCUGGAGCUAGGAGAAUUUAUGCAGAUGAAGCCAGUUCGGUCGCACAAUAUGCUGAGAUGCUAGUGAAAAAUAACCACCUUUCAGACAAGAUCAUUGUUAUGCCAGGAAAAAUUGAAGAAAUCUCACUUCCUGAGGCUGUAGAUGUGAUAAUUUCUGAACCAAUGGGAUACAUGCUCUUCAGUGAAAGGAUGCUGGAGAGUUACCUUCAUUCCAAACAAUGGCUAAAAUCAAAUGGAAUGAUGUUCCUGACCUUCGGCGACGUCCACUUGGCCCCCUUUUCUGAUGAACAGCCCUACGUGGAAAACUACUCUAGAGCCAACUUUUGGUACCAGCAGAGCUUCUGUGGGGUCAACUUGUCCAGUCUCCAGGGUGUGGCAGUGGAGGAUUACUUCGGACAGCCAAUAGUAAUGACAUCUUUGAUCUUUUUCUACAUGGACACAUUUGAUAUUAGGAUUUUGAUGGCUUGGACAGUCAAAUACACAGUAAACUUUAUGGAUACAAAAGAGGAAGAUCUACACAGAGUAGAAAUCCCCUUUGUGUUUCAGAUGGUACAGUCUGGCCUUAUCCAGGGACUGGCAUUCUGGUUUGAUGUGGCCUUUGUUGGAUCUCUGGUAACGGUUUGGCUGUCAACAGCCCCAACUGAGCCUCUGACGCAUUGGUAUCAGGUGUGGUGCCUUCUUCAGACUCCCCUCUUUGCCAAGGAAGGGGAGACUGUCUCUGGGACAGUGCUGUUUGUAGCCAAUAAACAGUAA